ACUUGUCACCAAACUUCAAAAUAUUCGUAAAGAAAAGUAGGCGUUUUGUAUUGAUAAACUUUUAUUUUAUUAGAAACUAAAUAUAAUAUGAAAAAGGUAUAAUUUCUAAAUAACAAAACGUGUAGUUUACAUAUUAUUAUCCAAGAUGAUGAACCAAUAUAUAAAAGAGUUAGAACAGGAUCCGUUCGAUCCUGACGAGUUUGUGGAGAGAAUGGUGAGAAGGAGCAUGCAAGAAUCACGUUUACAAGACGACCAAUUUGAUCCUGAAAUGAUACAUGACAUUUUUACACAAGCCAUACAAGAUCUGAAGGUUUUACAAGAAAGACAAGAAAGGAAAUGUGCAAGACUGGAGCAAUCUGUCCAGGAAGAGGAGAAGCUAUAUGCUGCUAAACUGGCUGAAAUCAUGGAUCAACAUACUCAUUGUGUAGGCGUAUUCAGUGCUCUUGAUGAGCGUAUGUCACGUUGUGGCGGGCGUGCUUUAGACGUCGGCGAGAAACUAGGAGCAGCGCGCGCACCGCGGGCGAGGGCUGCGGCCGCCAGGGACCUGCUUUCACAUCUGUCGCACUUCCUGAGCCCUGGACCUGUGCUCAUUGAUUUGUUCAAUGAUUCCAGCAAGUUGAAUGAAGCAGCAGAUGUAAUUCAGAAACUGCACACUAUCGCUCAAGAGUUGCCACCGGACAAAUUCGAAGUUGCCAAGAAGAAAAUAGAAGCAAAGUAUGAUGAAAUAGAAAGGAACCUCAUUGAAGAGUUUGUGAAGGCCCAGAAUCAGGGCAAUAUGGCCAAGAUGAAGGAGAUUGCUAAUAUUAUGACUAACUUCAAGGGAUACUCGCAAUGUGUUGACGCUUUUAUUGAGACUAGUCAGAUGAACACACUGCUAGGCAAGGACAUAUUCUCCGCAGUACUGCCUCUAUGCAAGAAGAACUACACCAUCAUCAGCAACGUGUUCCCCAACCCUGACCAGGUCAUGAGCAAGUUUGUGCUGAACAUCUUCCACCUGAAGCUGCAGAAGUACAUACAGACUAAACUGGCCGAUAAAAAUGAUGUGGAGAAGUAUUUGAGGAAUCUUUAUGAUAUGUAUACUAGCACCCAGCGAGUAUGUGACGAGUUAGUACUAGCUGGUCUAGUGUCCGCAGAAGGUAACACAACCACUGGCGACCUCCGUAGAGACGCGCUCGUCAACGGUGCAAUGGCGGGCGCCAACGAUGGAUACGCGUCUUUAGAAAUACGAAGACUUAAAGCCGCGAUGUCCAACGCUUUGAAUACAUACUAUACAGACAAGCAACAUGUUAAAAAACCAAUACAGGGUGGCGGGUUCCAAGAAUUAAGACGUGAGUUUCAAGCGCGAACGAACAUCAAUGUAGCUCAGAUAGAAAACUAUGGAGGAGAGACCUUCCUAAGCGAACAACUUGUUCAAAAAAUGAUCAACGAUGCUAAAACUUCUUUUACCAGGUGCAAGACUCUGUGCACUGCAAACGAGCUGUCAGGCACCACUGUAGCAUUACUAGAAGUGGUGAUACAGCAUCUACUUAUUGAACAUGUGGAUUACGCACUCGAUUUGGGCUUGCAGUCCAUUCCCAUAGCUGAUAGCAAGUCUCCACCGCCACAGAUUUAUUUCUUCGACAUCGUAAAGCAAGCGAACAAAAUUGUCAGAAUGUUUGAAGAGCAUUAUCAAGAAUCUGUUUUGACGUGUAUAACCCGGCCCCUGGCAACAGAUGGGAUAAAUUCUGCCAGGCAACGGAGAAGUUCAGCAACAAAACAGAAUGAUUGCAUGCAAAGGAAGACUGCUAUAAUGGAUCAGCUUGAGAACAAGCUGGAUGUCGGCUUGGAUCGAGCUAUUACAGCUAUUGUGAGCUGGGUCAGGAUGCACCUUCAGAAUGAACAGAAGAAAACUGACUUCAAGCCCGAAGGAGAUAUUGAUACGCUUGCGUCAUCGGCUUGUCUGGCGGUGGUCAAUUACCUGAACAACAUAAUGGACAAAAUCCACGGAGGACUGGAAGGAGACAACCUCCACGCCGUCACCUUGGAUCUAGCCGUCCGACUACACAGGAUCAUAUACGAGCAUCUCCAGAACUACCAGUUCAAUUCUGCUGGUGCAAUGAUAGCUAUCUGCGACGUGAAGGAGUAUCGCAGCGCAGUAUGCGGGCGCGGCGCGCGCGCAGCCCCGGCGCCCGCGCACGCACUGUUCGACGCACUGCACGCACUCUGCAAUCUACUGCUCGUCAAACCUGAAAACCUUCACCAAGUCUGCGAGGGUGAAACUCUUGCGGAAUUGGACCACUCAAUACUAAACAGCUUCAUACAACUUCGCGCGGACUACAAGAGCCACAAGCUAUCCAGCUUCCUCAAAGGACUUUCGUAAACAACAACUUUUGUGUAGGAAGGGACACCGUAACUUAUUGAGUCGUACACAAAAGAUUUUGAAUCGUUUUACGAAAAAAAACUCAUACUAUUAUUUUGCAUAAAUACCAGUGGUAGGAUAUUCAAUCAUAGUAACAAGUAGGAUUGCUUUAGUUUAGGAUUUUUAAUGUGAAUUUAUUUUAAGGAAAAAUCAUGUAUUUAUUUUUAUUAUAUUUAUGGUAUAAGUUACGGUGUCGCUUCUCCUUCAUAUGGCUUAAAGGUUUGUAGUAAGAAUACAUAGUAAUUGACUGAACUAUAAGGUCAUAAUGAACAAGUCAAAGACGAUCGCUUUCUUAAGUAUUUAUACUGUAUUACAUAUCUAAGUGAUAUAUUGUUGCUUUGUAUAGUCAGAAAAUAUUAUAAGUUUAUAUAAAAGUAUUAAACAUAUUUAAAUUGUAA